GCGUUUUGUUACUACCUGUGCGCAUGCGCGUUACAAAAUAUAUUCGUUGUCUUUUUAGUUCGCUGUCCACUACAGGAAAAAGCAUUUUUGAAGAGAAUGGCCGAGCAAGAUCAAACUCCUAAAAAUGAAACUCCUCGAAAGCCUGAUCCAAUGGACGAUGUAAAUGAUAUAUCUCUUGAUGAUUUGCCCAGAGUUACCGGAACCCCUUUGAGCCAAUUCGCUGCUGAGUUGGAGGACUUUAAACCAACAAUACCCGACGCUGUUACAAAUUUCUAUUUAAAUAGAGCUGGUGUUAGUAUAAAUGAUCCUAGAAUAUUACGAUUAGUAUCUUUGGCUAGUCAAAAGUUUAUAACAGACGUUUGCAACGAUGCCUUACAAAAUUGUAAGGUUCGAAUUGGCAGUUCAAGUUCAAAGCAUAAAACGAAGGAGAAACGGUUCACCCUAACUUUAGAAGAUCUCUCUCCAGCAUUAUCCGAAAAUGGAAUUACCAUUAAGAAACCUCCAUACUAUACAUAACUUUUGAAAUUUUUCUUUUUUAAUGACUCUUUUUCUUUAAAAAAACAUUUCUAAGCUUGUACAGAAGAAAAUAUAUCAUCGCUUUGUCAUUUUUUAAAAGAAUAUAAAUAAUUGUAUUUUAUUAAUGA